AGUUUUUAGGCCAAGAUGGGACCUAAAAUCAACCCUCGUCCCGGGAUCACAUCAAGGAGAACUAAAGGGAAACCAACCCCUGCUAAGGUUGAAAUGGAGCCUCAGGGAAUCCUGGAGGGAAUAUCCUCACUUCAUUCCUGGAUUAAAACCCAGACAAUGAUCCGACCCACCAAGUUGAACCGAAGAGAAGGUUCGGAGGAGAAGGAGGAGGAUGAAGAUGUUCUGAUAAAGUUAUCCUCGAUUAACCCUCAGGCAUGCAUAAACAAAGUGAGGUUUGAUCUACCCAGGGGAACCUUUGUAAAAAUGAAGAUUAGUGAAACAAUGAUCGAUCAUUUAGAUAUUCCCAGCAUCAUCAUUCUUAAGGAUUCCGAGCAGGGGAUUGAACAGCUGAAAAGAGAAGGUUUACUAUCUCCAGAGAAGAAGAAAACCAAGGAUAGUAUUUAUGAUGAAGUUUCUGAGGAUAAAAACAUUAAGUCCGAAGAUAAAGCCGGGGAUGAAGAAGAGAAGAACUCUGAUGAGAUGAAUCUCACUAAUCAAUUCAAGUACCUGGAGAGAGGAACCCAAACUCACACUAACUCCGGUAGACCAGCGGAUACACAAACUGAACCUCCGCCAAGAGCAGACUUCUCAGCAACCAUAUCCCAGUGGGUCAUUUAUGACGAAUAUACGAGAUAUGAGAUUGAGAACAGCAAGGAGCAUGAGACGGGAGGAGAAGGUGAACAUGAACUUGAACCUGAACCUGCUCCAAGAAAAAUAGUUACCGAGGUUCAGAAUACAUCUCACUUAGAGGAGAGAACCAAGAAAAUGUUAAAAUCAGCACGAAUUCUUGAGAGAAUGGUAAACCAGAAUACUUUUGAUGAAAUUGCUCAGGAUUACAGGUACUGGGAGGAUACAUCUGAUGAGUACAGAGACAAGGAAGGGACUCUUCUUCCACUCUGGAAAUUCACAUACACUCAAACCCAGAGUCUAGAUGUAACCAGUGUUUGCUGGAAUCCAUUAUACAGAGAUCUGUUCGCCGUCAGCUACGGUUCAUAUGAUUUCUACGAACAGCCUGAAACUGGGUUUAUUUGCUUCUUUAGUCUCAAGAAUCCGUCCUACCCUGAGUACAUCCGUCCUACUCCUAGUGGAGCUAUGUGCCUGGAUAUCCAUCCUGCACACCCCCACAUGGUAGUUGUGGGAUUGUAUGACGGGAAUGUGUGUGUGUUUAACCUACAGAGAGAAAACCUUGCUCCAAUGUAUAUUUCGGAUCCAGGAAACGGAAAGCACAAGGACUCUGUGUGUCAGGUAGAAUGGGCCUCAGACAACCUUGAUGGAUAUUUGAACUUUAACUCCGUCUCAGGGGAUGGAAGAGUAACUAACUGGACCCUAGUGAAGACCUGUCUUUGGUUUAAUGAUAUUACAAGAAUUAAGUUCUCUAAAAAACUUGUCAAUUUUGGAGACAUCAAUUCUUCUUCAGAAUGCAUUCAUGAUGGAGGAAGAGCAUUUUCCUUUAAGAAGGACGACGAGAAUAUUUUUGUAGUUGGGACGGAAUCCGGGAUGAUUUAUCUGGGAACAACACAGUACUCCUCUGAGUUUCUGAUGCGAUAUCCUGGACACGAUACUCCGAUACAAAACCUUGAAUGGAACAGAUAUCUUCCAAAAGUUUUCCUCUCUUGUGCAUCCGAGAUGGUGAUUAAACUCUGGGAAAUGGAGAGUGAGAAACCUCUGUUCAGGUUCGAUCUGGGAUCCCAGGUUAAUGAUAUAAGUUGGGCUCCAUACUCAAGUACGGUCUUUGCUGCUGUAACUCAGGACGGGAAAGUUCACGUUUUUGAUCUUAGUAUCAGCAAAUAUUCUCCGCUGUGCUCCCAGAGUGUUGUACAGAAAAAGAAAUCAAUCCUGAACCAUGUAACAUUUAAUAAAGUUGAUCCUGUUCUCCUAGUUGGAGAUAGUAGAGGAGUUUCUCAUACUUUUAAACUUUCUCCAAAUCUUAGGAGAAUGUCCAAAGAUUCUAAGAGAGCUUUAAAAAAUAAUGAUCUAGGACUUGUUUACAAACUAGAGGUGAAGAAACUUGAAGGAAUAUUGAACCAGGUUUCUGUUCCCAAAUCUACAGAGGAGUAAUUAUAGUGUACACUGUACAGUUAGUCCCAGAAAACUUUGGAAUAAAAAGACGACUGUUAGACUUAAAUUAUGAUUUUGAAUUAUCCAAUGAACAUUUAGAACAGAAAUGGUGAAAUCAAAACCAUUUUACUUAAUAAGCUGGGUUUUAAACAUCUAAUAAAACAGGAUCUAAUACUUAAACAUCUAAUAAAACAGGAUCUAAUACUUAAACUAUCGUCUUCCUAGUUGUAUGGGUCUCAUUGUAUGAAGGAGAGCACCUGAAAAAUAAUAAAUCUGGAAUUCAUUUCUAAACCAUUAUGAAUUAGAGUUAUUAAUGAUAAUUUACAUUAUAUUGAAUAUUUUGAUAUUCUAA